GCUGAUGUUUCGGAGAACAGAGAGGAGAGAAGAAGCCGAUUAAACAGUCACAUAUGUAAUGCAGUUCAUCAACUCUCCUUUUGAAUGUACCUCUGGGAUUAAAUAUUUGUAUCAGUCUUUGCCUCAAAUUGGAUAGGCCUACGUGUUUUGGAUUUAGAUGAAAAAGCUCUUUGUCAAGAUAUCUCAACAGAAUUCUGGAGUGAGGGACUGGGUAGUACAAAAACCUUAAACUUAAACGUCAGAAAUGUAGGACUUAUAUAUAUACCAGUUAUAUUUACUAUCCUUUAAUUCGCAGUUUUGUCUGCAUGUUUGUUUUUAAUUGUGUUAACGGGACACCGGAAUUCUGCUUUAGGAGUGCAUCCCUCGUUUUUUCGUUCGUCUGCACAGGUUUUCAGUCGUUUUCUAUGUUUUUCAGCGUCUUGCACAGGAGUGUUUGUUUUUAUCAAGCUAAAAAAGAACUCCAACUUUAAACAACGAGUUUCGAGACACCUGCGUCCGGUUGUACUCGUUGCGUUUUUUUAACGCCCCCUGUAACACUUGGAUCGGCCCGUUUUAUACGACUAGACAUUCUCCAUCUGUCCCAUCUGCUCAACAGCACUGGAACGGGGGACAUCACAGGACAUUUACGGAUAGAGACUGGACGACAAGCCGUGAUUUGAAUGCCGUUGCAGGGACUUUGCUGGCUUGUGUGCUGCAGACACGGCUUUAGUUUGUUGGCUCGGGAUAAUGGGGAGAAAGAGGAGGAAGAGUCUUUUGAGUUACGCAAUCAGAACGAGAAGACACACACGGGACGGGGGCAACUAGAGGUCACACUGUCUCAGCCCACUCGCUCAACCAAUGGCACUCCCUGUGUGUCAGGAGUUCCUGAGGAGAAGAGAAGUCUCAUCACAGAGAAGAGCAAGAUGCCGGUGGAGGAAGAGCCUGAGGUGCUUGUGAAGGGCUGGCUCCUGCGGGAGGUGCAGGGCGGCUGGCUCCGUCAGAGGAGGUUCUGGUUUGUGUUAACAGUUGACUCUCUCGAUUACUACAGCGGCCCGGACAGAGACGCUCGAAGACUGGGCACGCUUGUACUCACCUCCCUCUGCUCUGUGCUGUGGCCCGAUAAACAUACCUACAAACAGACAGGUUACUGGAGUCUGACGGUGUAUGGCCGUAAGCAUUCCUACAGGCUCUUUACAAAGCACUACAACGAAGCGGUGCACUGGGCCUGUGCCGUGCAGAAAGUCAUUGACAGCAAAGCGCCAGUGGAGACGCCAAGUCAGCUUCUCAUUCGAGACAUAGAGGAGAAUAAAUUCAAUCCAGAGAUUGUGGAAAACAUCUAUCAGCAUAAUCCCAUCCUACAGUACACACAGAGCCCUCUCUACGCCCCACUGUUGCCUUUUCCCUACGGCAGUCUCCACCACACGCAUAUGGCUGGUAAAGGUUAUACAUCCGUCCGUGAGGAGGCGGUGAGGCUGUUCAACUGUCUCCAGCAGUUAGAGUCAGCUCGCGAGCCCAUUCCUCUAAUCCAGGGAAUCCUGCAGACCUGCCUCGAUCUGCGACCGCUGAGAGACGAGCUCUAUUGCCAGCUCAUCAAACAGACCAGUGUCACCAACUCACGCUCACGCAGCCUGACACACCUGCAGACACAGCCAAAUCUGCAACUCAGAUACUGGCAGCUGCUCACCUGCAUGAGCUGCACCUUCCUGCCCAGCUGCAGCAUUCUCAAAUACCUGCGCUUUCACCUGAAGAGGGUUCAGAGUUUGUGUGUGGACCCAGAGGUGGAGAGCUACGCGUCAUUCAUUGCCCAAGCUUUGGAGAAGACACGCGGCCGUGAAUGUGUUCCCUCGUGGGAAGAGGUCCAGGGGCUCAUGGGGAGGCAGGAGAUAUUGUGUACUGUGCACUACCCUGGACCAAGCUGCUGCCAGAUUCCAAUCACCUCGCACACUACGGCUAAUGAGGUUGUGAGGAAGAUGGCAGAGCGCCUCGGACUGCAGGACAGCCGAAACACGUUUGCUCUCUUUGAGCAGAAUUCAUGCUGGGAGAAAUUUGUUGGAGGCAGCACCAUAAUCGCUGAUGUCAUCACCAGAUUUGAAAACCUGUCAGCUAAAGACCCAGACUCUGAGUCUCAGUGGAGACUCUGCUUUAAGCUCUACUGUCUGCUGGACACGGAUAACAUCAGCACAGACAGCAUUGAGUACCUCUUUCUCUAUGAACAGUGUCAUGAGAUGGUGGUGCGAGGGCAGUUGCCAGCCUGUGAGGAUGACCUGCUUUCCCUAGCGGCAUUGAGACUGCAGUGCCUGCUGGGGGAUUUCAGCGCCCUCUCUCCAUACCCACCCGUGGAGCAGCUCUUCCCAGCUGAAGUGGUGGAGGCCCGGGCCCUGCUGUCCCCUGUGGAUCCCACUGGCUGCCCUUCCUUCCCUGGGGGUCUGCUGGCCGGGACGCUGUGGGGGCACAAGCGUCGACAGGAACAGGAUCAAAGGCUACGGGCCAGACAGAGGGAGGAGGGCACUAUGGUUAUGUCAGCAAUUUUAGAGCGCUGGAAAGCCCUGUUGGGAUACAGUCACAGCGACAGCAUGGCCUCCUAUCUCACAAUCGCUCGCCAGUGGUCUGGGUUCGGCUGCACGCUUUAUGAAGUGGACUUCUACAUAAGUUCGACAGGAAGCUUCUCUCAGAAGUUGUGGCUGGGCGUGGCCGCUUCCUGUGUGUCUCUUUAUCGUCAGGGAGAGGCUGAAGCUCUGGAGUCUCUUCCCAUUGGUCAGAUCGUGUCCUAUGGUGUCUCUGACAGCAACACAUUCAGGAUAACCGCAGGAGAUCGGGACCUGCUCUUUGAAACCACCAAGCUGACUGAGAUUAUGCAGUUGAUGAAUGCUUAUUUCAGUGCCGCCAGUCGCCAGCUAGGCAAGGAUGACUGCAUCUCCAUAGAAACCAACCCUAAGCUCCACCCCUCCCUACUUGAACUACCUUCUCACCCGGUGUAAAGAGAGAGUCUCACACACAUAUGAACACACUGUGACUGACACACAUGCAUAUGCAGUCUUGGCUGAUUGCUCCCCUGUGCUCUGCAAAGCAGACAAACUAAGAUGUGACUGUAAUGUGGAAAGGAUUGGAUGGUGCCAGGGGAAACCACAACAAGAGAGCGAGUUCAGGAGAGAGAACUCAGCCUUGCUGCACCGCCUACCAAAUCCAGAGAGGACACAGGGCCCCAGCUAAAGAAAAUAGCACGAUUCAAGAGACUAAGAGGAAUUCUUGUCGUCUUAAUGCACUGCAGGAAAAGGAUGCCAACAUGUUGCCAUUUCACACAUACCAACACACACUUGAGCUGCUCUUUACGUUUCUUGAGAUACUUCUGCCAUUAAUCAAACUUCAUAUGACCUUGAAACAAAAGCAGGGUCAAGUCACUUUUCAUUACACAGACUUUCAGAACUGUCCUUUACAGAAGCGAUGUUUGUGUGUGUGAGAGUAAGAGAGUAGAACAGCAACGAAAGGAUCUUUAGCUUGUCUUUAUGAUGUGAGUGUAUUUGUGAAAAUACUUUGAGCCCGACCUGGUGCUGCUUGACUGAGCUGUUAGCUUACAAUAACUCAACCCUGGGCGUCCUGUAGCCACAACAGCCUCAGAUCCUUAGAUCCGGCUUAAACAAACUGAUUUAGACACCCUGUUGCAGUCUGGUACCUGUGAAGGUUAAUGACAUUGUCAAAUACAUGACCAUUUUGGUUCUCUCAAAGCAUCCCAGAUCUCAUUUGAUGUAUUAAAACACUGAAGAUGCGAGACAAAUAAUCAACGCUAUUGAUAUGCAACAUUAUCGUCCAAUGUUCUAUAGAUAUGACAUUUCCAUAAGAGCCUAACCUGUAGCCUUUGUUGUGCUUUCACGCUUAUGUCACCUUUAUGACUAAUGGUUCAAGCACAGUGUCUUUCAUCUGCUGAGAGAGCAUAUUGUCUUUCUAUAAUGUGUGUUUAGUUUCUCCUAGUUUUAUUUAUGGCUGUCUGUUGUAUACAUUGUGUGGAAGUUUGUUUUUUUAUUGUUCUUUUUACAUUUGUUUUAUAUAUCUUUCAUAAAGACCUGUAUUUGUAUUUUAGUGCUUGCGUUGGACAUAAUUACGAAGUGCUGAUGAUUUCAUAGUUAAAAUAUGAUGUCAUAUUGUUUCUAUACUUUUUAUUGUUAUUUGUUGCAUUUAUCUUCACCCUGUGGCGAAUGGCAACAUAUAUCUAGUUAAUAAUUAGUUCAUUACUGUAUGUAGAUCCAAAAGGAUUAUUAUUUGAUGUCAUAGUAAACCAAAUUCACCCUAAUCAAAGUCACGUUUAAACCUGGACCAAAUAUCUAGUU